GGGGCGAGGCUCCUCCCACCCACCGCUGUGUGUAUAGGAAGUGAUGUGGUAACUUUUUGAACAGAUGUGUUAGCUAACAUGCUAACAGUAAAAGAGAGAUAAACACGGACGAGAUGCUGACCGCGGAUCAGCAGCAGCUGUUAGUGAUGUCCGAGAGAAGCCCAGAGUGCUGACAGGUCGAGCUCGGAUGUUAUUAGCAUGUUAGCGGACCGACGCUAACUGAGGGACUUGUUUAAGACGCCAUGGUGUCGCUGCAGUGGUCGUGUCUGGUAACGCUGUUCCUCGCCUCAGUGGUGACUUUAAUCAUCUACUUAGUGCUGUAUUUCGGUGUUUUAUGGCGCGGGAGCGGGACACGGGCCGGACGGGAGACGUGUAAGGAGGCGGACCGGCUGCUGAGCUGGUUGCUGGAGCUGAAGAGCUGGAGGACGGAGUGGAGGAGAAGCUGGAUCCGAGCCCUCAACCAGCACCACCACUGCAUUACACAGGGAGAGAUCCAGCUGGUGAUUGAGGAGGAUGGUGUUCACUCGUCAGAACUCAGUGUGCACCACAUCUCUAGCUUUAACAGAUCACCUGGACUGAAGGUUGUGCAGUGUGAGGUGAUUGGAGACAAAAUGCAGUUUUCUCUCCACACUUGUCCGAACUCAGGCUCUACACACCCUCUUCUGAGAUACAAUGCAAAAAUCUCACCCCUACAGCUGCAGCUGGCCCUGCAGAUGACAGAGGUAGAUGGAGAAGUUCAGAUUACAUGGGGACUGGAACAGCUGGACCUGAAGCACCUGCAGCUCACACCCAGUUACACACAGGGAGCAUCAGUGUGUGUGAGUGAAGUGAAGCACAGGCUGCAGCAGGUUCUGUGUGAAACCCGAGCCACCGUGACUCUGAGCAGCAGGACUGCACAGCCUACAGAGCUGAAGGAACUGAGGAACAGGAUUUCAGAGGUCUCUUCUCCGCCUAAACCUCCUCGUGCUCACCAGUGGAAACUCUUAGUGAAGAACAUCCGGGUCACAUACAGCCAGGAGAAUGGAGCUGCAGGUAGUGUAAGUCCUCAGUGUGUUCUACAGUUAGAUGAUCCUCCUCAGAAAUUGUCCACCUCAGUGCUGAGUAACACGAGUGAGCCGGUGUGGGAUCAGCCCUUUGUCUUUGAACUCAGCGGCAGGUCGAAGGAGCUGACCAUCCAGCUGGUGGAUCAUGGGAGACCUCCAGCGAGCUGUGUGCUCGGGCAGGUGUGUGUACCAUUUAAUUUGGUACAGAGGAGCCCGAGAGGACAACACACAUUCACACUGAUCAACACACACCAUGUAAUCGGAUCACUGACUACUGAGUUGUCGUACCUGGAGCCGAGUGAAGUGCGCACUUGGCAGCCCCCUACUCCGGCACCUACCAAGAGAGUGGAGAUGGACAGGACUGUGAUGCCAUGUGGUACCGUCGUCACCACUGUCACUGCAGUGAGGAGUAGACCAGGACGUUCACUUCCAACAGAAUCAAUAAAACCUCCAACCAAAGCCAAGCUGACGGAGAGGCGGGUGUCUGAACAGCCCUCAGUGCUGGGAGCUAAAGUCAGCAAAGCCUUAUCUUCUUCAGAUACAGAGCUGCUGAUGCUGAACGGGACCGACCCGGUGGCCGAGGCUGCCAUCAGACAGCUGUACGAGUCGGCUAAGCAGAAACUCAAAUCUCCUGUUAAAAAGAGCACCAUCAUCAUCUCUGGAGUGGCAAAGGCACCGCUGUCUCAGGACGAGGAGAUGACUCUGAUGGCCGGAUACGCCGCUGCCAUGGACGCCUCCUUGGCCGAGACACCCGAGAGCACGAGGCGUGAAUCGGACACGCUCUCUGAGCACUGCGUCUCGGAUGCGACCGAUCCGUUAGAGGGUCCGAGCGGCGCGGACUGGGAGAGUCAGACGGGGGAGGAAUCGGACAAAACCUCGCUUUCUCUCUGUGUCUCUGACGUCGGAUCUAAAAAGGGGAAAGAGGAGAGCAGUGGUAAGCAGAAUUUAAUGCUGCCUGAGUAAGUGCGCUCUGUCGAGGAGUCUAUAGUGAUGUAGUCAUGUAGACGUCCCCUAAAAUACUAGUGUCCUCUGUAGUGGAGUGCAAAGCAGCCCCAGUCCACUGCCUCCUUAAUUGCAUUAUCCUGCCGUUGUAACCUGACUGAAAUCCUUUAUCCUGUAAAGCUGAGGUGUGGACUGGUCCUGAUUGCGUUUAUCCCUCAUAUCUGUCCAGUAAUCCCUCCAUUUUACCACCAUUUUAUUUUUAAUUUCCUGUAGUUUUAGAUACUGUAUAGCACAAAUACCUCUGUUUUAUUUCCACUCCAUUUCUCAGAUGAUGUAGAUCCCAUCUUCACUACCCUCACAGUGAUCAGUGAGAUAAAUGAAAACAAAACAACUGUGAAAUAAAAGCAGGCUUCAGGUUAAAAUCAGAUGUGACCCAAACACUUUCAUUAACCUUUAGUGCUAAUGGCGAGAGGUACGACACAUGAAGCACAGAGGGAAGCUCCCUCCUGUCUGCCUCUGUCUCACACAUGAACUUAAACAUGCCUGUGAUUGGCAGUGACUCUGUGAUUGACAGGAGAUAGAGCACAAGCCCCUCCCAGCUUUACUUCCUAGACUCUGGGCUGUGGAUGGUUUUUAUUAAAUGGUGACCCACAUUAGAGUCCUGGUGAAAUCCAUUUAUCUACACAGAGGGUAGGUGAUGGGUGUGUAAAUCUUUUAUAGCGAGGACUCUUUUCACCUUUAUACCGAAAAUGUUCCAUCUCUGUACAGAUUUAUUUUUAAAAUCCAGAGUUUGUUCAUGCUUAGGAUUAUCUUAUCUUAUCUUAUCUUAUCUUAUCUUAUCUUUUUAACUUAGUGUUCUCUUC